UGUAUGUCUAUGGUUCACCAUACUCAAGGCGGAAUAUUAUUUUGUUCGCAGGUGUUCGUGUUUUCUUGCUGAACGCCAUGUCUUAUAAUUACGUGGUCACCGCACAGAAGCCGACGGCCGUCAAUGCCUGCAUUACCGGCCACUUCACCUCCGCGGAGGACCUUAACCUCCUCAUCGCCAAGAACACCAGGCUGGAGAUCUACGUGGUGACAGCCGAGGGACUGCGGCCGGUGAAGGAGGUGGGGAUGUACGGCAAGAUCGCUGUCAUGGAGCUCUUCAGGCCCAAGGGCGAGAACAAAGACCUGCUGUUCAUCCUGACAGCCAAGUACAACGCCUGCAUCCUGGAGUACAAGCAGAACGGGGACAAUAUCGACAUCAUCACCCGCGCUCAUGGCAACGUGCAGGAUCGGAUUGGCCGGCCCUCUGAGACGGGGAUCAUUGGCAUCGUGGACCCAGAGUGCCGCAUGAUCGGCCUCCGGCUGUACGACGGUCUUUUUAAGGUCAUCCCCCUCGACCGAGAGAACCGCGAACUCAAGGCCUUCAAUAUCCGCCUGGAGGAGCUUCAGGUUAUCGACGUCCACUUCCUGUACGGCUGCCAGGUCCCCACAGUCUGCUUCAUUUACCAGGACCCCCAGGGUAGACAUGUGAAGACGUAUGAAGUGUCACUGCGUGAAAAAGAGUUCAACAAGGGCCCCUGGAAGCAGGAGAAUGUGGAGGCUGAGGCGUCGAUGGUCAUCCCAGUCCCAGAGCCUUUUGGGGGUGCUAUAAUCAUCGGGCAAGAGUCAAUCACCUACCACAACGGAGACAAAUAUUUGGCCAUAGCGCCCCCUACCAUCAAGCAAAGCACCAUCGUGUGCCAUAACCGCGUGGACCCCAACGGCUCCCGCUACCUGCUGGGGGACAUGGAGGGCCGCCUCUUCAUGCUGCUGCUGGAGAAGGAGGAGCUGAUGGAUGGAGCCGUGGUGCUGAAGGACCUGCGGGUGGAGCUCCUGGGAGAGACGUCCAUCGCCGAGUGCCUCACGUACCUGGACAACGGCGUGGUCUUCGUGGGCUCCCGGCUCGGAGACUCCCAGCUGGUCAAGCUGAAUGUGGACAGCAAUGACCAGGGCUCGUAUGUUGCUGUGAUGGAGACCUUCACAAACCUGGGACCCAUUGUGGACAUGUGCGUAGUGGACCUGGAGAGACAGGGCCAAGGACAGCUGGUCACCUGCUCUGGGGCAUUCAAGGAGGGAUCUCUGAGAAUCAUCCGCAACGGCAUCGGAAUCCACGAGCACGCCAGCAUCGACCUGCCGGGGAUCAAAGGACUGUGGCCCUUGCGCUCUGAGGCCGGGCGGGAGACCGAUGACAUGCUGGUGCUUUCCUUCGUCGGCCAGACCAGGGUGCUGAUGCUGAGCGGGGAAGAGGUAGAGGAGACUGAGCUCCCCGGGUUUGUGGACAACCAGCAGACCUUUUACUGCGGCAAUGUGACACAUCAGCAGCUCAUUCAGAUUACCUCCGGCUCGGUGCGGUUGGUGAUGCAGGAGACCAAAGCCCUGGUGAGCGAGUGGAAGGAGCCCCAGGGCAGGAACAUCAGCGUCGCCGCCUGCAACUCCACACAGGUGGUCCUGGCUGUGGGCCGAGUGCUGUACUACCUGGAGAUCCACCGAGGAGAGCUGAAGCAGAUCAGCUCCACGGAGAUGGAGCACGAGGUGGCCUGCCUGGACAUCACGCCCCUCGGGGAGGGCGGGGAGUCCCCCCUGUGCGCCGUGGGCCUCUGGACGGACAUCUCCGCCCGCAUCCUCAAACUCCCCUCCUUCAGCGCCCUGCACAAGGAGAUGCUGGGCGGAGAGAUCAUCCCUCGCUCCAUCCUGAUGACCACGUUUGAGGGCAGCCAUUACCUGCUCUGCGCCCUGGGAGAUGGAGCUCUCUUCUACUUUGGCCUGGACCUUCAGACAGGUGUCCUGAGCGAGCGGAAGAAGGUCACCCUGGGGACCCAGCCCACAGUCCUCCGCACCUUCCGCUCCCUCUCCACCUCCAACGUCUUCGCCUGCUCCGACCGGCCCACCGUCAUAUACUCCAGCAACCACAAGCUGGUCUUCUCCAACGUCAACCUCAAAGAGGUCAACUACAUGUGCCCCCUCAACUCCGAGGGCUACCCCGACAGUCUCGCUCUGGCCAACAACAGCACGCUGACCAUUGGAACCAUCGAUGAGAUCCAGAAAUUACACAUUCGCACUGUCCCAUUGUACGAGUCCCCCAGGAGAAUCUGCUAUCAGGAGAUGUCUCAGUGUUUCGGGGUGCUGUCCAGCCGGGUGGAGAUGCAGGACGCCAGCGGGGCAACAGCUGCUGUUCGGCCCAGUGCGAGCACACAGGCUCUUUCCAGCAGCGUCAGCUCCAGCAAGCUCUUCCCCAGCAGCACCUCCCUCCAUGAGACCUCCUUUGGGGAGGAGGUGGAGGUCCACAGCCUGCUGGUGGUGGACCAGCACACCUUUGAAGUGCUCCACGCUCACCAGUUCCUGCAGAGCGAGUACGCUCUCAGCAUGGUGUCCUGUCGGCUGGGCAGGGACCCGUCUGUGUACUUCAUCGUUGGCACGGCGAUGGUGUAUCCCGAGGAGGCGGAGCCCAAGCAGGGUCGCAUCAUCGUCUUUCACUACACCGACGGAAAGCUACAGACUGUGGCAGAGAAGGAGGUAAAGGGAGCGGUGUAUUCCAUGGUGGAGUUCAACGGCAAGCUGCUGGCGAGUAUCAACAGCACUGUGCGCCUGUAUGAGUGGACAGCUGAGAAAGAGCUGAGGACGGAGUGUAACCACUACAACAACAUCAUGGCGCUUUAUCUGAAGACGAAGGGUGAUUUCAUCCUGGUGGGAGACCUGAUGAGGUCCGUGCUACUUCUGGCCUACAAGCCCAUGGAGGGAAACUUUGAGGAGAUCGCCCGAGACUUUAACCCCAACUGGAUGAGCGCUGUGGAGAUACUGGACGACGACAAUUUCCUGGGCGCGGAGAAUGCUUUCAACCUGUUUGUGUGCCAGAAAGACAGCGCUGCGACCACGGACGAGGAGCGGCAGCACCUGCAGGAGGUGGGGGCGUUCCACCUGGGGGAGUUUGUGAACGUGUUCUCCCAUGGGUCCCUGGUGCUGCAGAACCUCGGCGAGAGUUCCACCCCCACCCAGGGCUCUGUGCUGUUCGGCACAGUCAACGGCAUGAUCGGUCUGGUGACCUCCCUGUCAGAGGGCUGGUACAGCCUGCUAAUGGACCUGCAGAACAGACUCAACAAAGUCAUCAAGAGCGUGGGCAAGAUCGAGCACAGCUUCUGGAGGUCCUUCCACACAGAGCGCAAGAGUGAGCAGGCGACAGGCUUCAUCGACGGGGACCUGAUCGAGAGCUUCCUGGACCUGGGACGGGCCAAGAUGCAGGAGGUGGUCAGCAGCCUGCAGAUCGACGACGGCAGCGGAAUGAAGAGGGAGGCCACGGUGGAUGAGGUGAUCAAGAUCGUGGAGGAGCUGACACGGAUCCACUAGCAGCAGCCCUCCACUGUGGCCGCAGACGCACUGGAGGGACGGGGCCGGGCGGAGAUGUUCUGUAAAUAACUAUAAAUAAACAAUAUGACAGGAAUCUACUGUACACCCCCGUCCUAGCCCCUCCUAUACUCACACAGGCAACGUGUUGCGCCCCCACACCCCCACCCCACACCCCCAGCCCGGACCGAUCUUAAAGAGCAGCUACAGCGACUCGUAGAGGCGAUAGAACCUGUUAUUUACCACCAAACUCACCAGGCCUCCAUCUUAGAAUUUGAGUACUAGAGUUUCUGCGCUGGUUGGGAUGAACUGGGAAGCGAGGUCCGCAUGGCGGUUGAGUCUCACGCCCCAGUUCAGUUACCCCCGGGAACGAGAAGCCCCAAAGCUUAGCAGUCAACUCUGGGAGGAGGUGGACUGUGUGGGGGAUGGAUUCCUUGUGUUUUUGUGUUUGUGAGAAAUUUCAAUUUGUUUCUUUUAAUAAAGUUUGGUAGCUGUUCGCUGCAUUCACUCCA